AUGGCGUCUCCUGGCCCGAGCGAGAUUGACCUGGAUGCCACUCCUCCAUUCCUGCUGAAGCUCUUCUACAAGACGGGCGCGUUACACAAACCCGAAGAGUUCUCCGCCCGGAGCCUGCCGCCUUACGUGCCCAUAUACACCUACCCAAGCUGCACCCUCUCGGAGCUGUCGCAGCUCAUUGCGGGCGCAGACCCGUCGAUCCUGCCCAGCCCUGCUAUUGGCACGCGGCUCGUGUUCCGACUCAUCUAUCCGGAUGCGGCGCAGGGCGGCCGGCGCUUUGGACGGUUCGCCGUGAAGGAACUGGGCAGCGUGGUCAUCGGUGCAGGCAACCCCGGCGGGGAAGACGACCUGAAUGGACUGGGGGAAGCAGAGGACGACGAUGGACAAAAGACCCUAGACGAGGCUCGCUUCGUCGUGGGCGACUACGUUUCCUGCGCAAUACUCCGGCCUCUCGAAACCGGAGCGGUUGCUCCAGCCUCGAACGCCCAGACUAGAGCCGCAGGGUUUGGUGGGUUUGGUGAAGGAAGGAUGGGUCCUGCUGGGCCCGGUGCAAGGGGAGAUCACGCCUUUGGAUAUUCUAGAGGCAGAGGUGGGCGAGGCGGUCCUGGAGGUGGCUUUGGCGGUGGCCGCCGUGACGGCAUGGGCGGCUUCGUGCCCAAGGGCGAAUGGCGUAGAGGCGAGGAGUUGCCGGAACCCCCAGCAGGUAGAGGCCGCGGCAGGGGUCGCGAUCGUUGGUAG